AUGGAUACAUUUGUCAAUGCAUAUGACGAAAAAAUUCGUCCCCUAAUGGAUAAAAUAGAUCAAGCUCGAGCCAUUUUAUCAUCAAGUAAUGAUGGCAUUAUUUUUCCCAAUGUGAUUGUAGUUGGAGAUCAGUCUAGUGGUAAAUCAACUCUAUUAGAAGCAUUAUCCUUAGUUGAACUUCCAAAAGGCUCUGGUAUUAUUACAAGAUGUCCACUUGUUUUACGAUUACGCAAAGCCAAUGAACGACGAGUCUAUCAUUUACAUAAUGAUAAGCCAAAAGUUGAAUUGGAUGAGUCAAAAUUAAAUAUUUUACAUUAUAUUGAAGAACAAACAAAAAAAUUAGCUGGUAAUAAUAAAAAUGUUGUUCAUGAUUUAAUUGAAUUGCAAGUUGAAGAUCCGAAUGUACGUGAUUUAACUGUAGUUGAUUUACCUGGAAUAGCUCGAAAUCCUAUUGCCGAUCAACCACAAAACAUUCAUGAGCAAACAACCAAUUUGAUUCGUCAAUUUAUUCGUCGAGAAGGCAGUGUUAUUCUAUGUGUCUGUCCAGCCAAUGUGGAUAUUGCAACUGUUGAAUCAUUCGCAUUAGCACGUGAAUUUGAUUCUGAAGGUAGCCGAACCAUCGGUGUUAUAACCAAAUCUGAUCUUGCUCCAGAUAACACUGCAUUAGCUCAACAAUUACUGAUGGAAAAAUCGGAUGUAUUCCAAUUAAAAUUAGGUUUCAUUGCUGUUCGUAAUCGAAGUACAGAUGAAAAGAUUUCUCUCGAAGAUGCACGUAAACGUGAAAGAGAAUUUUUUCGUGAACAUCCGAUUUCAACUCUUGUUGGAUCACAUUGUCUUGGUAUUGAUGCAUUAAUUAAUCGUUUAGCUGAUCUUUAUUCUGAUCGUGUUCGUGAAGUUUUUCCAAAAAUGAAAAAUGAUGUACAAAAAAAGCUGAAAGAAACUCGUGAACAAUUAGAAAAGCUUCCACCAAGUUUAGAAACUGCUUCAGCACGAUUAGCAAAAUAUUAUGAAUUAGCAGAAUUUUAUAUCGAAAAAAUUCUCAAAAACCAUUUUACAAUGUACAAUGAUGGUCGACAUCCUAGUAGUUUAGUCAAUCAUUUACAUAAGAAAUUCAAACAAUUUGAAAAGAUUAUUCUUGAGCAAAGUCAUGAACUCUUUACAGAAAGGUAUCGUUUUAAAGUACGAGAAGCUAUGGCAGCAUGCUUUGGUGAGCAACUACCAAAUUUUCUUCCACAUCCUGUUCUACAGCAUUUAAUAGAGGAAAAAAUUGAUCAACUUUGGUCGGUAGUAAUUUUACUCAUUAAUGAUUGUUUUCAAAAAACAAAGAAUACUUUAUUAGAAAGUGAUCAUGAAAAAUGUCAUGAUGAUAUUUUACUCUUAAAACUAUUGCCAAUCUUUCGUAAGAUUGGUAUUUCGUAUUUGGACGAAAAGAAGCAAGCAGUAAACGAUCAACUCAAAGAACUCAUUCGAUUGGAAAAACAUAUGCCAUAUACAUUGAAUAAUUAUUAUAUGGAGACUAUUACGAAAUUUAAAGAAUAUUUAGCGCAAAAAAGAGCACAAAAUUCAACAAAUAAAAUGGGUUCUCCGUCGACAACAGAUAAAGAUGAUUUAUUAAUGUUUGACUCGGCUUCUAAUGAUGAUCAAUCCGUACAAGAUAUGUUAGUCAGUAUAUAUGCCUACUGGAAAUUAUUAGUCAAACGUUUUAUUGAUUAUGCAGCAUUAUCUUUACGUGGUGGAUGUGUUUUUGAUGUAUGUAGUGGCAUAGGAGAUUGUUUAAGACAAUUGCCUAUUAAACAAAAUGACUUUGUUGAUACAUAUUUGACUGAAGACACGUUUAUUCGAAAUAAACGAAAACAAUUACAACAAACAAAACAACGAUUGGAAAAAGUUUAUGAAAUACUUGGUGGUGAUUCUUUUACUGUGAAUGAUGAUGACACAUUGGCGAAUGCAGGAUCACAGGAACGUCACACAACCAUGACUUUGGAUCAACUUUCAGAAAGUUUCUCUGUUAUUAGUACACAUGAGAGUAUCGGUUCGUCAACUACGUUACAGAACAAUUCGCUCGCCGAGACAGUUCAGCUGGAAUCACAAAAUGGUUUUGACUUACUUGAGAAUUUACAGACGUAA